UCUGCGACAGGCGGAUAUUAUGGCUGCGGGUGAGGCCAACACGGCGAAGCCUCGUCAGGAGAAACAGUACGACUACCUGCUCAAGUUCCUGCUGGUGGGAGACAGCGACGUCGGCAAGCAAGAGAUCUUGAGCGGUCUCGAAGACGGUGCAGCCGAGUCGCCGUUCUGCAGCGGCAGCGCUUACAAGACUACCACUAUCCUACUAGAUGGGAAACGAGUCAAGUUACAAUUAUGGGAUACAUCAGGCCAAGGUAGAUUCUGCACAAUUAUUCGGUCAUAUUCCAGAGGUGCUCAAGGUAUACUUUUGGUAUAUGACAUUACCAACAAGUGGUCCUUUGAUGGCAUCGAUAGGUGGCUGAAAGAAGUUGAAGAGCACGCUCCUGGCGUACCAAAAGUAUUGGUUGGCAAUCGUCUACACUUGGCUUUUAAAAGGCAAGUAGGUGAACGAGAUGCAGAGGCUUACGCGGCUAAGAAUCGAAUGGCCUUCUUUGAAGUCUCACCUCUCUGCGAUUUCAACAUCCGUGAAAGCUUCUCAGAGCUCUCUCGGAUGGCGUUACACAGGAAUGGCAUGGAAAGAUUAUGGCGAUCCAAUAAAGUGCUCAGCCUACAAGAACUGGCGUGCCGUGCGAUAGUGGCCCGAACAACGGUUUACGGUAUCGACCAACUGCCGUUGCCCAAAUCCAUCAAAUCGCACUUGAAAUCAUACGCGAUGACGACUACAUCCCAACUGCGUUAUAACGGCAAUCGCUCGUUGAGCUCGAGCAAGAGUCUGGGAUCACAUCAUCGGAAGUUACGCUUCGUCGGGGUGGGUCACAAUAACGGCGGACUGUCGACGCCCGGCAGCUCACCCGGCAGCAUCACCGAUUCCCGCACAAGUUGCGUCGGUCGCAAUUCCUGCACAGUGUCUUGAGAGUGACAAAGGACAGAAGUCAGGGUAGCGGUUACUUACAAAAGCGUCGCGCAGCAAUCAGCGUUCUUCCUUCCCCUCUCCCUCUCUGGUUUUAUCGAGAAUGUAAACGCGUUUACAAUGUUGUUUCACAAUUCAUAGUAAUUACUGUUAGUAUGAAAUAGUAAUAUAAAUAUAUGAAAUUCCAAUUUGUCACUUGCCAACGUUGACGGGAUAUACUUGUUACGUUUAUAUCAUGAGAUACAUUUCAUAUAUAUUUUUUCACACAUCCGCGAGUCGCGCAGUUUCACCAUCCGAACGAUCAACGAGCUUAAGGGAGACGAGCUGUCAUGUAUCCGUGCCAUUUGUUGUACGAAAUUAAGAGAGAGAGAGAGAGAGAGUCGCGGCACGUAAGCAAAGAAAUCGCUUAAACGUUACCGAAUGUUAUCGAUUGCAUGAGUUUUCAUCGCGUAAAGAGAACGUGUCAGAAUUACUAAGAUACCCACGUGAUAUAUCACGCGACAUUACAUUAUGCGACUCGAGUGUGCCCAUACUUUAAAGCCCUUGUAAGCCGUUUUGUUUUUUUUUUGGCCAUUGUUGGAAAAGCAUCCCUUUCCACAAACGUAUCUCUCUGUGCGGAAUGUUCUUUCUUCGAUCAUAAGCUUACAGGAGCAGCGAGUAAUGAAUUGAAAAGUACAAGUUCGCUAAGUCUACGGUGGUUGUGGUGUAGACUAAUGAUGAUAGCAUAAGUGUAGAAAGUUUAGAGCAGCUAACUCGAGAUAUAUUUAGCAACAUAUAUAAAUAUAUAUA